UCCUGCAUUGGCAGGCGGAUUCUUAACCACUGCGCCACCAGGGAAGUCCCUAGGGUGCUGUGGUUUAUAAAAUGGUACACGUGUUUGCAGAGGGCUUAGAAGCGUGCCUGUUACAGGUGCGCACUCAGUAAACGUAAGCCGUGAUGGCAUUGACUUUAGGAGGAAGCCAAGAGCUCUCCUGCCUUUCUCCCUGUCACCUGCAGAGGCUGGCGGACUGUAAGAGGCAGAGAGCCGGAGCUGGGCAGACCCGAGCACUGCUUCCCCAGGCAUGGGUGCCUCCAUGUCAGUACCUCCACAGCCAUCCAGGGCCCUGCCCGACGCUGCCUGCCCGGACCCACAGGGCAGUAGCAAAUCAAGGGUGGGGGUGGUGGAUGGGAGGAGUAGGCGCUGGACAUGCAGCCCAGCCCUGAUUCCUCAAACCCAUCAUCUUCCACCUUUUGUCCAGGGCUCCCACGCUCUCUCAGAGGCCCUCAGCUAGCAGAAGUAUCUCUCCUGUCAGCCCCAGGCAGGUGUCCCAUGGCCGUGACUCAGACCUCCCUGUGGCUGCCAGGGCCCAGGAGAGUACUUGAUGGCAGGACACAGGUGUCCCUGGGAAUUCUGGAGGCGUUGCCCCCCUGAAGCAUACCAGGCUUCCUGCCCCUCCCGCACUGUUAGGGGGAGGUGAGGGCGCAGGUGCUCCCAGCCACCUGUGCAGAAGGGGCGGCAGGGGGUAGGUGAGCUGGCAAAGGAAGCGGAGCCUGUGUUCAGACCAGGUCAAGGGAGGAUGGCUUGAGCAAGGGUGGUCCCCGAGGCUCCUGCAGGAGGGAGCUCUGGGUAGCUUAGUGUCUGGAAUUCUCAGCGUUUGGGCUUCGAGCAUUGGCCCCCAGGUCAAGGUGCAGUUCAUGGGCUUCCUCAGCAGCAGAGCUGGAAGGGUUUUCCGACAUCAUCCAGCACUUUCUCACAUGGAAUGUCCGUACUGUGCCUCUUCAGAAAGCCACCCGCCUGCCCCUGCCAUGGAGACCUUCUUUAGGAGACACUUCCAGCGGAAGGCGUCAGGCCCUGGAGAGGGGCAGAGGCGGCCCGGUGGCGUGGGGCUGCCCACGGGCAAGGCCCGGCGCCGCUCGCCUGCAGGGCAGGCCUCCUCCUCGCUGGUCCAGCGGCGCCGCUCCAGUGCACAGCUCCAGGGCUGCCUCCUGGGCUGCGGGGUGGGGGCCCCGCGCUCCAGCCGCCGACGCUCCAGCACUGCGCCCCCCGCCUGCAACCCCCGCUUCAUUGUGGAUGAGGUGCCCGCCCUGCAGCUGCAGCCUGCCGCUGUUGGGGCCCCGUGUCUGGGCGCACCCCUGCUGUUGGCCGGGCGCGUGGGCAUGGAUGAGGAGGAGGGGGUCCAGGAGGAGGAUGUGACAGUUGCGUCAUUGGCCACCCAGCCAGGCACCAAGAGACCGGGGCCAUCCCCGCAUCGGGGAGCCCUGCCCCUGCUGCCCAUUCCCCGCUGGCGCCGGCGCCGGGCCUCCUCCCACCUGCUGCCCGCUGACGUGGUGAAAGACCGCGCCCUCUGGGGCCUGCACGGUUACUACCGGCCCCUCAGCCAGCAGCGGCCCUCAGGCCAGCACCUCAGCCUGGGGGGCCGAAGAGCCUCGGGCACCGCAGCUGGCCCCGGGAUGCCUGCCUGCGUGCGCCCGCUGUCCCGCAGACGCCAGGUAGCCCUGCGGCGCAAGUCAGCCGGACCCCAGACCUGGAGUGCCCUGCUUGCGAAAGCCAUCACCAAGUCAGGCCUCCAGCACCUGGCACCCCCUCCUCCUGCUCCCGGGGCCCCGCGCAGUGAGCCUGAGCGGCAGAUCCGGAGCACUGUGGACUGGAGCGAGUCGGCGACGUAUGGGGAGCACAUCUGGUUUGAGACCAACGUGUCUGGGGACUUCUGCUAUGUUGGAGAGCAGUACUGUGUAGCCAAGAUGCUGCAGAAAUCAGUGUCCCGGAGGAAGUGUGCAGCGUGCAAGAUUGUGGUGCACACCCCCUGCAUUGAACAGCUAGAGAAGAUAAACUUCCGCUGUAAGCCAUCCUUCCGUGAAUCAGGCUCCAGGAACGUCCGUGAGCCAACCUUUGUGCGGCACCACUGGGUACACAGGCGACGUCAGGAUGGCAAGUGUCGGCACUGUGGGAAGGGCUUCCAGCAGAAGUUCACCUUCCACAGCAAGGAGAUCGUGGCCAUCAGCUGCUCCUGGUGCAAGCAAGCAUACCACAGCAAGGUGUCCUGCUUCAUGCUGCAGCAGAUCGAGGAGCCAUGCUCCCUGGGGGUCCACGCCGCCGUGGUCAUCCCACCCACCUGGAUCCUCCGUGCCCGGAGGCCCCAGAAUACCCUCAAGGCAAGCAAGAAGAAAAAGAGGGCAUCUUUCAAGAGGAAAUCUAGCAAGAAAGGGCCUGAGGAGGGCCGCUGGAGACCCUUCAUCAUCAGGCCCACCCCGUCCCCCCUCAUGAAGCCCCUGCUGGUGUUCGUGAACCCGAAGAGUGGGGGCAACCAGGGCGCCAAGAUCAUCCAGUCCUUCCUCUGGUAUCUCAAUCCCCGGCAAGUCUUUGACCUGAGCCAGGGAGGGCCCAAGGAGGCGCUGGAGAUGUACCGCCGGGUGCACAACCUGCGGAUCCUGGCCUGCGGGGGCGAUGGCACGGUGGGCUGGAUCCUCUCCACCCUGGACCAGCUGCGCUUAAAACCACCGCCGCCCGUCGCCAUCCUGCCCCUGGGCACCGGCAACGACUUGGCCCGCACCCUCAACUGGGGUGGGGGCUACACCGAUGAGCCCGUGUCCAAGAUCCUCUCCCACGUAGAGGAGGGCAACGUGGUGCAGCUGGACCGCUGGGACCUCCGUGCGGAGCCCAACCCCGAGGCGGGGCCUGAGGAGCGAGAUGAGGGGGCCACCGACCGGCUGCCACUGGAUGUCUUCAACAACUACUUCAGCCUGGGCUUUGAUGCCCACGUCACCCUGGAGUUUCACGAGUCUCGAGAGGCCAACCCAGAGAAAUUCAACAGCCGCUUUCGGAAUAAGAUGUUCUACGCCGGGACAGCUUUCUCCGACUUCCUGAUGGGCAGCUCCAAGGACUUGGCCAAGCACAUCCGCGUGGUGUGUGACGGGACUGACCUGACCCCCAAGAUUCAGGACCUGAAACCCCAGUGCAUUGUUUUCCUGAACAUCCCCAGGUACUGUGCGGGCACCAUGCCCUGGGGCCACCCUGGGGAGCACCAUGACUUCGAGCCCCAGCGGCACGAUGAUGGCUACCUCGAGGUUAUUGGCUUUACCAUGACAUCCCUGGCAGCACUGCAGGUGGGCGGGCACGGCGAGCGGCUGACACAGUGCCGAGAGGUGCUGCUCACCACGUCCAAGGCCAUCCCAGUGCAGGUGGAUGGUGAGCCCUGCAAGCUCGCAGCCUCACGCAUCCGCAUCUCCCUGCGCAACCAGGCCACCAUGGUGCAGAAGGCCAAGCGGCGGAGCGCCACCCCCCUGCACAGCGACCAGCAGCCAGUGCCGGAGCAGCUGCGGGUCCAGGUGAGCAGGGUCAGCAUGCACGACUACGAGGCCUUGCACUAUGACAAGGAGCAGCUCAAAGAGGCCUCCGUGCCGUUGGGCACCGUGGUGGUCCCGGGAGACAGCGACCUGGAGCUGUGCCGCGCCCACAUCGAGAGGCUCCGGCAGGAGCCCGAAGAUGCUGGAGCCAAGUCCCCAACGUGCCAGAAACUUUCCCCCAAGUGGUGCUUCCUGGAUGCCACCACUGCUAGCCGCUUCUACAGGAUCGACAGGGCCCAGGAACACCUCAACUACGUGACCGAGAUCGCACAGGAUGAGAUUUAUAUCCUGGACCCUGAGCUGCUGGGGGCGUCUGCCCGACCUGACCUCCCAACCCCCUCUUCCCCUCUCCCCACCUCGCCCUGCUCACCCAGGCCCCGGUCACUGCCAGGGGAUGCUGCACCCCCUACAGGUGAAGAGCUGAUUGAGGCUGCCAAGAGGAACGAUUUCUGUAAGCUCCAGGAGCUGCACCGAGCCGGAGGUGACCUCGUGCACCGAGACGAGCGGAGCCGCACGCUCCUGCACCACGCCGUCAGCACCGGCAGCAAGGAAGUGGUCCGCUACCUGUUGGACCACGCCCCCACAGAGAUCCUUGAUGCUGUGGAGGAAAAGACCCUGAACUUCCUACCCUUUCUGAUGGCCUUCGGGAGACAGGAGGGCUCAGAGGACUGGAUGGGGUCCACAGCCAGCCCCUGUUCCCCCAGCGGGGAGACCUGUCUGCACCAGGCCGCAGCCCUGGGCCAGCGCACCAUCUGCCACUACAUCGUGGAGGCCGGGGCCUCUCUCAUGAAGACAGACCAGCAGGGCGACACUCCCCGGCAGCGGGCUGAGAAGGCUCAGGACACAGAACUGGCCGCGUACCUGGAGAACCGGCAGCACUACCAGAUGAUCCAGCGGGAGGACCAGGAGACGGCUGUGUGAGGCCAACGGCGCAGCAGGAGGCACGGGCCGCCAGAGGACCAGACCCCUCCUUGCCCACCUCACUGCCACAUUCCAGUCGGAUGGCCAGAGGGACUCGGGAUCCAGGCCCCAGGGAAGAAGCCCUGUGCUGCUCCCUGAGGAGCUGCCCAGACCUAGGGCUGGACUCUGAGGAGCUGGGGGCUGGGGUGGGGGGGUCUCACCCAGUCCCCUGAGGCCACAGCCUAACCCAGAGGCUCACAAGGGACCAGGAAACUGGACUGGGCUGGGCAGACCAUUGCGGGGGCUGGGGGGGGGGCCCUCACCUUCCCUGCAGUGGGUGCCCUGGAGUUGAGGGCACGCAGCCCGGAGGGCAGAGGGCCUUGAGGCCCCAUGAGGGAGCCCCCAGGAAGACGCUUCCUAAGCCUCCGGGUCCUUUAGGACCCUCACUCUGAGGCUCCUGGGAGCUUGGGCCCUGACACCCCCCUACCCCCACCCCCAGGGCUUCUUCCCGGAAACACGGAGCCUGCUGCAUCUGCCUGCCCGCCGCCCUGCUUAGCACCUACCCGGUGACCCUCCUCCCAAACCCAGUCAUUUCACCUCCGACUGUGUGGCCUGGGGGGCGGGGGGGGGGGGCUUUCACGGUGACAUGUUUACAGCUGGGUGUGACUCAGUAAAGUGGAUUUUUUUUUCCUU